UCUCAGAAGUUCUUCGUUCACCUCUCGUGGUCGAAAAAAUCACUUGUGUUCGGAGCUUCUCACAAAUAAUUUCCAGCCAUGAAUUCCCGUGCAACGGCGGCGUUUAACCGGAGAAACUCCGUCGUGAAGGCCAUCGCCGUUCGUCCCAAGCUUUUGUCGCCGUCGGUAUCCGUGUCAUCAAUCCCCGACGAUUCCGUUGAUUCCGAUUGCUGUAACGCUGAGAUGCUGGUGCAGAACUACUCCAAUUUCCAGCGGAGUGGGCCCCCGGCCCGGCUGAUGUACUACGACGACAACGGGUCGUGGUCCGAUUUCACCGUCGACGUGGCGGAUUCGGUCCGGUUAGGGUUUCAGGAAGGAAAGGCGGUGGUGGAGGUCCGAUUCGGUAAGGCCGUUCACCUGUUUGAUCUCUACCGUAUGCUGCAGGUUGACUUGGAUACCGGCGAUCAGAGGUCACUCGCCUGGAUUGACGCUCACGGCAAAUGCUUCUUCCCCAAGACCUUCGUCGGCAGCAGUGGAAAAUUUCCAAAUUCCGCCAAAGAAACAGUUGAAAUUGCGAAGGUCAGCGUGGAUUCGAAGAAGAGGAGGAUAGGAAGCGAGGUUAUCGAGCCUGAGGAAAGUCGUUGUGGAGCGAAAAAAUCACGGACUAGUGAUGAUGACGUGGAAUUUCAAACGCCUGCGUGGCCCAAGACGAAGCUGUUGAGGGAAGGGGAGAAGGCUCAUGCGAUAGUGAAGAGCCUGUUUCUGUCGGGGCUGGGGUUUACUGAGUCAUCGGGAGCUAGGAUCACUUCGAUUCACCAGUGGAUGCGGAGUGGUUGUUUGGACAGAGCUCGGUACGAGGUUUUCCAGAAGCAGCUGGAGAUUACUAAGGUUGCCAGGGGAGAUUCCAAAAUGACGUUCGCUUGGUACGGGACUUCAGCCAGAGGCGUGGCGAGCGUUUUGAGCCACGGGUUCUCGGUUCCGAGUAAGGUCCCGGGCCCCGAGGCUCAUGGAGUCGGUAUCUACUUGUCUCCUAUACGCUCACCUCACUUAAGUGCUAUGCUAUCCGAGGUAGAUGAUAAUGGCGAAAAGCAUGUUAUCUUGUGUCGGGUUAUAUUGGGGAAAUGUGAGAAAGUGGAAGCGGGGUCCAGACAGAUGUAUCCUUCCGGUGUGGAUUUCGAUUCUGGUGUGGAUGAUCUUAUGAAUCCUAAGUGGUACGUCGUGUGGCGCGCCAAUAUGAACACCCACAUACUUCCCGAGUGUGUCGUGAGCUAUAGAUCUUCUGAUUUUGUGCCAGGGCAAAUUGGAGGGCCAUCUUUUGUUAAGUCUGCUAAGGAUUCAUCCACUCCGUUGUUUGCAAAGCUACAAUUGAAGAUUGGGACCUCUCUUCCUUCCUCAAGAGUUCAGGAAUUUCGAUCUUUGUGCACUGCAUACAAGGAUGGGAAAGUGGCGAAACAUGCUUUCAUGAAACAGCUGCGAUCAGUUGUUGGGGAUGAUAUGCUGGCUUCGGUGAUUCGUGAAGUUCGUGGCUGAAACGAGGUUUUCCAAGUUUUGUUUCAGUUGGGGUACUUAGAUUUUGUUCCUGUUAUACACAGUAUACCAUUGAAACAAACCAUAGAAUGUUACCAGAAGGGAUUUCAAGAGGAAAGCCUCUUAGGUGUUCAAGAAAAUACUCAGUUUUUCUUUUUAAAAGCUUUACUCCAUCGUGAAUGUAGCAACUAGUGACAAUCUUCAAUUUCAUUUGGAAACUUUUCAUUGGCUAUUA